UUUUUCUCAUACACUUCCAUUCUUCUCCUUUUUCUCUCCUCUUUCUUCUUCCUCUUCUUCUGCUGCUGCAACCUGCAAAACCUUCUUCGUUCCCGCGGCUCAAAACCCCAAAAGCCUCAACCACCGUAGCCUCGCCGGAGAACCCGACCCGGAUCGGAUCUGGGUGUGUAGAGCAUUCUCCGCUGGCCCCACUUUCUUGAGAGAGAAAGUGUGGUUGGGUCUGAUAGAGAGAGUGAAAAUGUACAAGAACCAGCUUCAGGAGCUGGCGCAACGGAGCUGCUUCAACCUCCCUUCCUACACGUGCCUCCGGGAAGGUCCCGAUCACGCGCCGCGCUUCAAGGCCACCGUUAACUUCAACGGCGAGACCUUCGAGACCCCUCACUACUGCUCCACGCUUCGCCAGGCGGAGCACUCCGCCGCUGAGGUGGCUCUCAAUUCACUCUCCCACCGUGGCCCCUCUCACUCCCUCGCCGCCAAGAUCCUCGAUGAGACGGGGGUCUACAAGAACCUCUUACAGGAAAUUGCGCAAAGGGUAGGGGCUCCAUUGCCACAAUACACAACAUUCAGGUCAGGCCUAGGACACCUACCUGUUUUCACUGGGACUGUAGAAUUAGCUGGCAUUACAUUUACUGGUGAACCUGCCAAGAGUAAGAAACAAGCAGAGAAAAAUGCAGCUAUGGCAGCAUGGUCGACUCUUAAGCAGUUGGCAAAAGAAACUUCAAGCUCUUCAACUGAACCAGAGAACAAUGAUGAAUUAGAACAGAUCACCAUAGCACGGGCCUUGUUGAACUUCCGUCUGAAGGAAAAGAUGACAAUGUCAAAUCCUAAUGCUCCAAUUCCAUUUCCGAAAAAGUUUCAGUUUCAAAAUCCCAGGCCAACUAGUCCUCAACCUCUGCCUGCUGCAACAUCAAAGAUACUUCCCCUAUUUUCCCAAAAGACAGCACCUCGAAGCAGGCAUCUAGUAACCGCAGCAGCCAGCAGUGGCAAUUCAGCAACACAACGAUACUAUUCUACACCAGAAAGCAGAGGGCCUUGUCGGCCGAAUUUCCCAGCAGUAGGAGCAGCACCUUAUGUUCCCAUUCGACAAAUGCGAUCACCUUGCCAAGGGAUCGCCCCUCCAGUGACUAUAAGGACUGCUGUACCUGUAUUCUCCCCACCACCGGCCACAGUGUCCCAUCAUCAAGUAAUGCAGGCUUCUUCUAUACGAGUUGCUCCUCCGGUCAAUAUUCGGCAAGCAGUUCCAGUAUACGCUGCUCCCCCAGCUCGGAUAGAUGAACCUGCUCCAAUCCGCAAAGAUAAAACUGAUGUUAAGGCUGAGAGCAUGAAGAUUGAAGAACCACCAACUGUAAAUGCCCCUAGCCAGGAAGAUAAAACUGACACUAAGAUGCAGAACAUUCCUCCAGAAUCUGAGACAAUGCAGAGCUUGUUGCAGCUGAGAAUUUGAUGUUCAUUGGUGUCACUUUUUUGUGAUGAACUAGAGAUUACAUCUCAUCUCAGCUUAUUAUGAGUGCUGUAAUAUCAUCCCUUCCUUUGUUGAAAUUCGACAGAUUAGCAUUAUCAGUCGAAUAUCUGAAAUUCAUGAGCAGGUUAUUAGCACAUAAUCUGCUCAUGUUUUUAUUUUUAAGUAUGUUGGUGAUAUGGUAGUAAUAGUAUAUCUGUUGAGCGAGCGAGCUUGAUUUAUUGCUCCUCCAUUUUGAGAUUA